GUUACUCUUCCGUCAGGAAUUCAGGACGCAUACGGGUGAGUUAGGCUGUAGUGGAUGAAGCCUAAUUACUUUGGGUCCCUCGAUCAGUCCAGGGUGUGCUAGAAUGACCGACGACGUUGCAGUGGCCAUUCACUACUUACUUUGACUUUCGGCUUGCACCCCAUCUCGUGUUUCGCGCUGCCCCGCGCUUGCACGAAUUACCUUGAACAUCUCUUGCACUCACUGCGGACGUAGGAGAUCAACAGCACAUACCAACGGGCAUCGUCUGCUCUGAAGUGGUCGCCAGUGGAGGGACGCAGCACACCCUGAGCCUACGACUCAGCAACCCGCUUGCGAGAGCCAGACGAUCGCCAAGAUGGACGACUCGGCCAAGGUCCUCGCCGAGGCCCACAAUGUGAUCAAGGUCCAGCUGACGCAGAUGAAGCGAUGCCUCGACACAGACCAAGUCAUGGACGCGCUCAAGUCUGCGUCGACCAUGCUUGGCGAGCUUCGUACAUCUGCCCUUUCGCCAAAAGCCUACUAUGAUCUGUAUAUGUCCAUCUUCGACGCGCUUCGACACCUUUCUUCAUAUCUCUAUGAUGCACACACCAGCGGGCGGCAUCACCUCGCGGACCUCUACGAGCUGGUGCAAUACUGCGGAAACAUUGUGCCCAGGCUCUACUUGAUGAUCACGGUUGGCUCCGUGUACAUGUCGAUUCCCGAUGCACCGAUCAAGGAGAUCAUGCGCGACAUUAUGGAAAUGUCGCGCGGAGUGCAGCAUCCGACCCGCGGACUCUUCCUGCGCCAUUACCUGUCCGGCGCGACGAGGGACUUUCUGCCCGUCGGCGUAGACCAAGGUCCAGGUGGGAAUCUGCAAGAUUCCAUCGGAUUCAUCUUGACCAACUUUAUCGAAAUGAACAAGCUCUGGGUCCGUCUACAGCACCAGGGUCACAGUCGUGAUCGCGAGAAGAGAGAGAUGGAGCGUAAGGAGCUACGCAUUCUGGUCGGGACGAACCUGGUCAGACUUAGUCAGCUGGAAGGCGUCGACUUGGACCUUUACCAGCGAAUCAUCUUGCCUAGCAUCCUGGAGCAGGUGGUCAAUUGCAAGGAUGUGAUCGCGCAGGAGUAUCUCAUGGAAGUCGUCAUCCAAGUCUUCCCGGAUGAGUUCCACCUACGAACGCUCGGCCCUUUCCUGAGCGCUUGUGCACAGCUCCACCCCAAAGUAAACAUCAAGCAGAUCGUCAUUGCGCUCAUCGACCGACUCGCUGCGUAUGCAGCACGAGAAGCAGAAAACGAUAGCCCGGAAGAUAUCAGGCGGCAAGAGGAGGAGGCCUCGCGGCGCCUGGCUGAGAAGACGCGACAAAUGCGCUUGAACGGCACCAGUGCGGGCCCAGCCAGCGUAUGGGAUGAAGUCACGCGCAGUGGAGACCCGAAAGAGGAGCAAGCCCGUCUGCGCAAUCCCAUUGGUAACGGGGUGACAACAGUCAGUGCCACCGACUUUGGAGGCAGUGUGCCAGCCGGCAGCGCCGCAGCGCCAAAUGUGGCCACCCACAGUUCCUCAGCCGACGUACCGGAAGGCAUGGACGAAAACGCUUGGGGAGGUGGAAAUGACGGCUUGGAAUCGUCUUCCUCUACGGCUGCCAUCCUGCCACCCGCCGCCGCAGACGAGCAAGGCCCCUGGGCGGAAGCGGAAGGGGAUUCCGCUGGUGCACCCGCAUCCUCAACCAUGGGGACGACUGCAGUGGAAAGGGAAGAUGAAACAUCGGGGCAGGAGAUGCGCUCCGAGUUUACCAGCGCACAAAGCAGGCAGGAUGAGCCGGCCACCAAGCCUGUCAAUGGUGCAGGUGGACUAGCAGAGCCUGCACAGGUUGCUGCUGUGGAGCAGGAAGCAAAGCCUGCUGUUCCACCGGAAGAAGAGAAACCCGUGCGCAAAUUCAGAGGCAUUCCAGAAAACGUGCCGCUCUUCGAGGUCUUCUGGCACCAGGUAGUGCAGUUGAUCAAGGCGAGGCCGGACCUUGCGAUUCAAGAUGUCACCGCUUUGCUCGUUUCCCUCGUUAACCUCUCCCUCAGCUGCUACCCAGACCGGCUCGAGUAUGUUGACCAAGUCCUUAGUUUCGCAAGAAGCAAAGUGGCAGAGUACGAGCACAGCCCCGACCUCCAUUCACCAACAACGGUGGCGAAUCUGAACUCGCUACUCCUGUCGCCGAUCAACUCCUACUUAACGGUGCUAACUCUCCUUGCGCUGCCAAACUUCAACGCCUUACUCGGAUCGCAGCCAUACACGACUCGCAAAAGCAUCUCACAUGCGGUCGUCCUCAGCGUGCUCAAGAACGAGACCAUCAUGAGCACCCCUGAAGACGUCGAUGGUGUCCUGCAGCUUUGUGCGACGCUCGUGAAGAAUCAAAGAGACACAGUCAUAGGCGGCAUGGGUCACGGCGCCCCGCUGCCUGGCUACGCGGCCGGGCCAGGGUAUAAUUACCAUACGCAGGAUCCCCGUUUCGUUCGUCAGCAGCAGCAACAUCCGGGCAUGCAUUCAGGUCACCCAGCAGCAAAUAGGUACGCUCAAGCACAACAUGACCUCGAGGAGAUGGCUGAGGAGCAAGGCUGGAUGGCAAGGCUCGUUCACCUCUUCCGCUCCGACGACCUGGAGACUCAAUUCAGCCUGCUGCAGACAGCGCGCAAGCACUUUGUCGAGGGCGGCGAUCGGAUACGAUACACACUACCUCCGCUCAUUUUCUCUGGUAUUCGUCUUGCGCGGCGGUACAAGCUGGUAGAAAAGAUCGAAAAAGAGUGGGAGGCCAAGAUGCAAACGCUUUUCAAGUUCUUGCAUCAGAUCAUCUCCAUCCUGUAUAACAAGGUUGAGGCGUCAGAGAACUGCCUACGCCUGUUUCUCCUUGCCGCCCAAUCCGCCGAUUCUUCAGGCUUUGAGGAGCUCGCAUACGAAUUCUACGUCCAAUCCUUCACCAUCUACGAGGAAAGCAUCUCAGAAUCGAGAGCGCAGCUGCAAGCGAUUGGAUUGAUCAUAUCCACGCUCCAUACAUCGCGCGUGUUCGGCGUCGACAAUUACGAUACCCUCAUCACCAAAGCUGCUUUACAUGGUGCUAAGUUGCUCAAGAAGCCGCAUCAGGCUGCUGCUGUAUUGAUGGCAAGUCACUUGUGGUGGCAGGUUGAUGCUCCUGGGAGAGCCGCAAGCAAAGAGAAGCCUUUGCUCCGUGAUGGAAAGCGAGUCCUCGAAUGCUUGCAAAAGGCCCUACGCAUUGCAAACAGCUGCAUCGACGAGCGAAGCACUGUUGAAAUCUUCUGCAGCGCUCUCGAUCAGUAUCUUUACUAUUUCGAGCACGAGGUGGAAGCAAUCACGCCCAAGUAUAUCAAUUCACUCGUCGAACUCAUUUCGAACGGACUGGAGAAUCUACAAAAGGGUGACUUGCACCCCUCAGCAUCUGCGACUGGCUUCAUCGAAGGGUUGGGUAGUCCAGAAGCAUGUCAGCGACACUUCCGCUCGCAACUGGUGCACAUCCAAGCGAAGAAGCAGGCUGCUGCGCAAGGACUCAUCAACGCUACUACCGAUGGGAGCGUGAGUAAGGGCGCAGAUUGGGGCGCUGUCAGCAUCCAGUCAGCCUUUCAGAGAUGGGCUGCGUAAACGCAGUUCUGUGUAAUAUCAUGCAUGCACUUGAUAUGGCCAGCCAACUUUCCAAUCCCC